CCCUCCCUCGCUCGCUCGCGCGCUCCCUCCCCCCGGGCCGGCUCGGCUCUGACUCCGCCGCACGCUGCAGCCGCGGCUGGAAGAUGGCGGGGAACGACUGCGGCGCGCUGCUGGACGAAGAGCUCUCCUCCUUCUUCCUGAACUAUCUCGCUGACACGCAGGCUGGGGCUUCUGGGGAGGAGCAACUGUGUGCCGACUUUCCAGAGCUCGACCUCUCCCAGCUGGAUGCCAGCGACUUUGACUCGGCCACUUGCUUUGGGGAGCUGCAGUGGUGCCCAGAGAACUCUGAAACUGAACCCAGCCAGUACAGCCCCGAUGACUCCGAGCUCUUCCAGAUCGACAGUGAGAAUGAGGCUCUCCUGGCAGAGCUCACCAAGACCCUGGACGACAUGCCCGAAGACGACGUGGCUCUGGCUGCCUUCCCGGCCCUGGAUGGUGGAGACGUGCCAUCCUGCACCUCAGCGUCACCUGCCCCAUCAUCUGCGCCCUCCAGCCCUGCUCUGGAGACACCCCCAGCCCCAGCCCCUGAGAUGGAUGAGCUCUCGCUGCUGCAGAAGCUCCUCCUCGCCACAUCCUCCCCAGCGUCAAGCUCUGACACCCAGAAGGAAGGGACCUCCUGGCGCCAGGCAGGCCUCAGGUCCAAAAGUCAGCGGCCUUAUGUCAAGGUAGACAACACCCACGACAAGAAGGCCCCCACGACGCAGCCUCCGAGCCGGAGUUGUACAGAGCUGCAUAAGCACCUCACCUCGAAAGCCCACUCCCCGGACAGGGGCCUGCAGCUGCCACCCCCCUGGAGUCCCCGGCCUCCUGCCAAGGAGGAUGAGGAGCCGGGUGAGGACUGCCCGAGCCCCCAGCCAGCCUCAGCCUCUCCCCGGGACUCCCCGGAGCUGCCUAGGACAGGGCCUGGUGCCCGGGUCCCCCAGGAGGACAUGCAGGCUGUGGUGCAGCUCAUCCGCUACAUGCACACCUACUGCCUCCCCCAGAGGAAGCUGCCAGCCCCCCUGCCCUGCGGCAGCCCCUCCACUCAAGUCAGGCCCCGGCCCCAGCACCCCUCCAAAGCCUCCUGGGCUGAGUUCUCCAUUCUGAGGGAACUUCUGGCUCGAGAUGUCCUCUGCGAUGUCAGCAAACCCUACCGCCUGGCCACGCCUGUCUACGCCUCCCUCACACCGCAGUCCAAGCCCAGGCCCCCCAAAGACGGCCAGGCCUCUCCUGGCCACCCACCCCCUGUGGAGGAGGUAAGGAUCGCAGCUUCGCCCAAGAACGCCGGGCCCAGACCGAGCCUGCGCCCACUGCGGCUGGAGGUGAAAGGGGAUGUCCGCCGGCCUGCCAGGCUGCAGCAGCAGGAGGAGGAAGAAGAUGAGGAAGAGGAAGAAGAAAAAGAAGAGGAGGAGGAGGAGGAGGAGGAGUGGGGCAGGAAAAGGCCAGGCCGAGGCCUGCUGUGGACCAAGCUGGGGAGGAAGCUGGGGAGCUCUGUGUGCCCCGUGCGGCGGUCACGGAGACUGAACCCCGAGCUGGGGCCCUGGCUGACAUUUGCUGACGAGUCGCUAGUCCCCUCGGAGCCCCAGGGUGCUCUGCCCUCGCUGUGCCUGUCUCCCAAGGCCUACAACACUGAGGGGGAGCUGGGCAGCUCCACGGACGAGGACACUGGCCAAGACCAGCAGCUUCUACUGGGACCCCAGAUUCCUGCCCUGGAGAGCCCCUGUGAGAGUGGGUGUGGGGACACGGAUGAGGACCCCAGCUGCCCGAGGCUCCCCAGAGACUCUCCCAGGUGCCUCAUGCUGGCCUUGUCACAAAGCGACCCUCCUUUUGGCAAGAAGAGCUUUGAGCAGACCUUGACAGUGGAGCUCUGUGGCACAGCAGGACUCACCCCACCCACCACACCCCCGUACAAGCCCACAGAGGAGGACCCCUUCAAGCCAGACAUCAAGCACAGCUUGGGCAACGACACAGCUCCCAGCCUCCCCUCUCCUGAGGGCCUCCAGCUGGGGGCCACCUCGGGGCCUGCCCACAAGCUGCCAAAGAGGCACCCAGAGCGGAGUGAGCUCCUGUCCCACCUGCGGCAUGCCACGGCCCAGCCGGCCUCCCAGGCUGGCCAGAAGCGCCCCUUCUCCUGUUCCUUCGGAGACCAUGACUACUGCCAGGUGCUCAGGCCAGAGGGCGCCCUGCAGAGGAAGGUGCUGAGGUCCUGGGAGCCAUCUGGGGUCCACCUUGAGGACUGGUGCCAGCAGGGUGCCCCUCGGGUGGAGGCACAGGCCCCCGGCAGGGAGGAAGACAGAAGCUGUGAUGCUGGCAUCCCACCCAAGGACAGCAUGCUGCUGAGAGACCACGAGAUCCGCGCCAGCCUCACGAAGCACUUUGGUCUGCUGGAGACCGCCCUGGACGAUGAAGACCUGGCCUCGUGUAAGAGCCCUGAAUAUGACACCGUCUUUGAGGACAGCAGCAGCAGCAGUGGUGAAAGCAGCUUCCUCCUGGAGGAGGAAGAGGAGGAGGAGGAGGACAAUGAAGAAGAGGACUCAGGGGUCAGCCCCCCUCGCUCUGACCACUGCCCCUACCAGAGCCCACCAAGCAAGGCCAGUCGGCCACUCUGUUCCCGCAGCCGCUCGAGCUCUGGCUCCUCAUCCUGCCGCUCCUGGUCACCAGCCACCCGAAGGAACUUCAGAUGUGAGAGCAGAGGGCCGUGUUCAGACAGAACGCCAAGCGUCCGGCAUGCCAGGAAGCGGCGGGAAAAGGCCAUUGGCGAAGGCCGUGUGGUGUACGUUCGAAAUCUCUCCAGCGACAUGAGCUCCCGAGAGCUGAAGAGGCGCUUCGAAGUGUUUGGCGAGAUCGUAGAGUGCCAGGUGCUUACGAGAAGUAAGAGAGGUGAGAAGUACGGCUUCAUCACCUACCGGUGUUCCGAGCACGCAGCCCUCUCUCUGAGGAAGGGCGCUGCCCUGAGGAAGCGCAACGAGCCCGCCUUCCAGCUGAGCUCCGGAGGGCUCCGGCACUUCCGCUGGCCCAGGUUCACUGACUACGAUUCCAAUUCAGACGAGGCCCUUCCUGCGUCAGGAAAGAGCAAGUACGAAGCCAUGGAUUUCGACAGCUUGCUGAAAGAGGCCCAGCAGAGCCUGCAUUGAUAACAGCCUUAACCCUCGAGGAAUACCUCAAUACCUCAGACAAGGCCCUUCCAAUAUGUUUACGUUUUCAAAGAAAUCAAGUAUCUGAGAAGGAGAGAGAGCGAGCGCGCAUGAGACAGAACACACGUGAGAGAGAGACUUGAAACUACUGUCCUUUUAAAAAAAAAAAUCAAUGUUUACAUUGAACAAAGCUGCUUCUGUCUGUGAGUUUCCAUGGUGUUGACGUUCCACUGCCACAUUAGUGUCUGCGCUUCCAACGGGUUGUCCCGGGUGCGCCUUGAAGUGCUGGUCGGUCACCCAUUGCCCCCGCCGUCCCGACGGCCUUCCUCUCGUAGACUCGCAGCUGUGUUCCCCAUACCAUUUCUUGUCUGUAGUGUGUGAUGAUGAACUCGUUACUUGUGAAUAGAAUCAGGAUUAUAAACUCAUUUUUAAUUGAAGAAAAAAAAAGUAUAUCCUUAAAAUAAUGUAUUUAUGGCUCAGAUGUACUGUGCCUGGGAUUAUUGUAUCGCUUCCUUGAUUUUUUAACUAUGCACUGGCAUGAGGUGUUUGCCACUGAGCUGCUCUGCUCCCCUUGCCAGAUUGCCCUCGAGGUGCUGGGUGGCCGGUAGGCUGGUCCCCGGGAAAGCAUGGCCUGCAGCCACAAUGAAGAGCCGUGGAGAGAGGUUUCCAAGCCAUUUCUGUCAAGCCCUACCCCGUCUUGUAUUGAGCUAGUCCAGCUCACGCAUAGAGUGGGUGCCCGUCUAUCAGUGUGCAGACCCUCAGAUACCUUGGAAGGUAGGUGGGGUGAGCUGUAUUGCUCCCGUUUUCCGGGUGAGGCUGGUCAUGACCCGAGAGGCAAAAUGACUUGAGCAAGGUCCCAUAGCCAGUGAGAAGGCAGAGCGGUGACCCAGACCAGGCCUUGUGAUUCCUGGUCCCAUGCUUCUGCAGUAGCUGGGGUAAAGAUGCAAAGUUUCAGGGACUGGUGGAGGUGAGUUUGGCUACAUUGGGCACCAGACUAGUAGCCUGAGGGCCCAUUUCAGGGGUUAAGUCGGCAGUUGACUCACCAGCAUCAGGUGAAUUCAAGCUGUGGCCUGCGUCUUGGUGUGCCGUCAGCUUUAAUCCCGGAUGGUCCUGCAGUUUGCCUCUGCCUGUGGACACACCAUCACAGCUUCAGUGACCUCCUGGCAGUGGUACAGACAGGUCUGGGAGCAAUUGUUUUGGGGGGGCCAACUCCCAAGCCAUCCCACUCCCUUCAGCUAGUCCCUUGUCUUAAGCUUUUCCUCGUCUGGAAAGUUGUUUUGGUGGCGUGGGGCAGGGGGAGCCAGGAGGAGGACGUGAGGGUCAGGGAUGGAUAAGACAAUCUCCUAGCUCCCUCCAGCUUAGAAAACAUUCUAAUCGGGCUUUACUUUAAACCUUAUGUUCUUCAGUAAUGUCAAAGCUAUGUCCAGCUUGAUGUUCUGCAGGUGCCUUGGGGGCCAUUCAUGAGGGAGAGCGUGGCCAGGCAGGGUAUGAGUGCAUUGCCUCUGCUUCAGGCAGAGCAGUUUCUCCUGAUCUCUUUCAUACAUCAGGGUUUCUUGGGAAAUUUUUGUAUUUAAAAAAAAAAAAAGUCCCAUUGCUUUAAAAAAAUUGAAGGUGACUCAUUAAACUAAACAAGCUAAUUGAAUUUUUUGCUAAUGCCAAGCUUAGUCCUUUGAGAAUUGGUAGUUGAUUUUAUUUUUUAAGAUUAUCAAAUACCUCGGUAGGUAAUCUGAGCCCACGAUCUCGUCCUGGGUGGUGAGCAUACUCCCAGCCCGUGGAUAAGGAUAGGGGAGACAGGCGUUAGCAGGGAUAGGGAAUUUGAGCUCCUGUGUGUCAAGUCCAUUGACCUCUCUGGACCCUUUUCCAUGAAAUGGACUGAAGGGGAGAAUUAGGCAAGUUCCAGCAGUCUUAGCUUCUGCUAAGGUGGUAUCUGGCUCAAGUUGGCAAAUACACAGCACAUGUGCUACUACUAUUCCCACGUCUCCAGGCCAAUGCAGACAUAACUAAUCAAUCACAGCACUCAUGUUCUUUGAGCCUGGAUAAGAAUCCUUAAUACAGUGCUCUGGGAAGCCAUUACUAAUUGAUCAGAGUUUAAUCUCUUUGACGUGCUGGCCUAAUCUUUGGAAGAUUUCUGUCAAUCACAUAGAAACAUAUGCUGGCUGGGUUUCCUGCUGGCCCAUCCUUGUCUUUCAUGUCCUGAUCCAUGAGAGAAAACUCUCCUAAAGCCAUUCCUUGGCACAAGACCCCUAAUACUACUGUGACACACAACUGCACUUGGGUAGGGCAGGGUGGUGGUGGCGGGUAGUGGAAUAGCAGACAGGAACAUAUUAGGGGAAGGCAGGGCUUAUGAGGAUGGACCAAAAAUGAAACUUUGCACAGCACAGACCUGUUGGUUCAGAAUUCCUUUGUAGCUAUUCACUGCCUAGCACAUAGUAGGGACACAAUAAACAGUUAUGGAAUGGAGUCGAAUUUAAAUCACGAAGUCAUGAUUUGCAUCAAGAAGAAAACAAAGAUUUUACCUUGCGGAAGCCAGUAGGAGAGAGCACUAGAUGCAGAGUCUGGAGAGCUGGGAGGAGUCCCGACUUCACCAAGAAUUAAAGUCCCUUCACCUGCCUGGCCUCAGUGUGCUGGAGGGAGUUAGAUGAUAUGUCUCUAAGCCCCUCCUCUUUGCUUGAUUGCAUUUGGCCAGAGGGUCUGCCUUGAGCCGGUUGGUGGUCCUUCAGGGUAAAGAAAUACAGAUUUUUAGUGAAGGAUGAGUCUCUCGCCCCCCUUUGGGGUCAGUUGAAGCUGCCCUUUCACAUCAGAUUAAUCCAGGGCACUUGAAGUUACUUAGGUGUUGGCCCUUGAGCAGAGCAGAGAUGUGAGUGUGGCAUUGGGUCGUGACAUGCCUAAUGUUAGAGCUGGUGGCCACGAAUGAGGGACACUGCCUGCCAAGGGCACCAAGUAGUCUCUGUUUGCCAUCCCAUACAUAAAAGGCUAUAAGUUCUCAAAUUGACCAACCCUGCAGACAACCUCUAUCCGGAAGGACUCAUUCGGUGCUGUGAUUAUUUACCAAGGAAACUCCGAGGUCUCUCCAGCAAAACUAGUCAACCUUUGUCUCUUUCCCACCAAAUUAAGGAGUAACCCAGAGGGAGCAGCUGCCAUUGGCAACCAUCUCGUUGUAGCUCUGUCCUAGUGUUUGCUCUCAAUGAUGUUUACAUGUGAUCACCCUACAAGCUUACUGUAGACUGUGUCAAUAGCCGCCCUCGUGGGGCAGGUCGUGCUGUCCAUCUCUGUGCCGUGCUGGUGUUUUCCAAAAAUGUCUGAUCCAAACACUAAGUGGAAUUCUUCCAUCUCCUUCUUCAGUCUGUACAAGGCUGAAUCAGAAUCCUCACUCUCGGGGGCUCUGGUUACUGAAGGAAAAUGCAUCAAAGAGGUAAAGAAUACGAGUGGAUGGAGUGCAGCUAAGACCCCCCACCCUCUUCCCCCCCUCACACCUUGGCCCCCCAACCAGAGAAUGGCUUUGAGUCAAAAAGCACUGGUUGGGUCUGCAUCUGCCUUGAGAUCUCGCAGCACUGAGUGUCGUAUGUGCCCAGAAAAAAGGCAGGGCUUUGGGGGCUGGAGGAGGAAGGGAGAAACGCUCUGAGUUGUAAAGACUCAGUCCUCAAGUCCUGACAUGGGAAGAGAUGCAAUAAGACAUCUUUCAUUGCCUAAAACCUGUGCUUGUUAGUUUUUCUAGACAUGUGCAAUAUGCCUGCCAGGGCCACUGUGGAGGGGCUGGGGAGGGCAAGCCCAGUCCUUCUACAUGGACAGCUCAGUUCAUGGCCCAUCCUAGGCCUUGAGUUCAGUUGAAAUCUCAGCUGAGCCUGUGGUUUGAGAGAUGGGUCAUCCCAACUGUGAAACAGAAUGAACUUAGAGCAUGUGUUGAUCUGACUCACUGAUGUCAACAUUACGGUAUUUUUCUUAGCAUAUGAGAUUUAGCAGCUGCCCUCAGUUUGGGGGAACCCUACAUCCCACCAUCAGAUAUGAUCAAGGAGAGAAAUUGGAUGUGCAAUAGCAAAGAAAGUGAACCUAAUGGUUUCACUGGCCAAAGAAGAGGGACCCUCACCCCUUCCCAUUGGAGCAGAAGGAAACCGAUUCGUACUAUGUGCAAUAUGUUAAAGCUGGUCCCCAAGUCCCUGAAGCAUUUGCACACACAGAUGGUUCCAGGGCUGCUUGCGACUCUGGAGGUACAGGGUAAAUGGAGAGAGAGCUCGGGAGCUAGAAACUCACAUGCACAGAGAUGUCUUUGUCCCAGAACAGACAUGGGUUGGGGGAGCCCCCAGGGGCCGGCUGUGGGACGCCUAGGAAGUAGGUAGAGGCUAACUUUGAUGAACCAAUAAAAGUACUUGGAGAAAACCCACAACACUUAGCCUGGCUCCAUGUUUCUGCACUGGAAAAUAUGGAUCUCUUUGGGCUGUGUGAGGUGCUCUCCUAGGGAUUGGAACAGGAGGCCGGGAAAUGGGGGGCUGUGAGGGAGGAGGGGGCAGAGAUGCCUUCCGAGACAUCAGCCGCAGGAGAGCCGAUGCCAGGGCCAGCCCUUGGCUGGCCUCCUUGUCAGGAGCCCUAGAAACAGGGAGCCACGGGUUUGGAUCUUGGUACCUACUUUCGUAUUAUAGAAAGACAAAAACAGCCCAGCCGAGUGAAAGGGGUUUGUGGAGUAAAUCAUUUAACUAUAAGCCAUCUCAGUGUGAGAAACGCCAAUGUUCCUUACUUCCUGCGUGACCUUGGGCCCGUUUUCUCAUCUAUCCAGUGAGAAUGUUGACUAUGAGCACUGAAGUCCCUGUCACCUGUGAGAGGCCUGGAAUCCCACCCUGGGGUGUGGGAAUCCAUCACUCCCCUGUGCAACCAGAUUCAUGCUCUGGCUGUGCCCAGCUCUUGUUCAGGGUGAGGUUUCUCUGCAAGAACCAACCAGCCACAGGUUCAAUCCCACACGGUCCUUACUGAGUUGCCUUAUAUGAGGAGGCCAGCUCCCCAGGACAGAUCUAAGCCAUAGUUCCUAGUGGGGAUGGUGAGGAAUUAAACCCCCGGGUUGGCUACGUGGCGAUGUGGAAUCAGUCUCACAUUAGCCUUGUCAUUGUCCCCACCGAACAGCUUUUAAUCUGAAUGUUGUGACCACUCGGCUGUUUCUCUCUGGUUCUCAGACAAUACUAGCAAUACACUUGUUUUUUCCAAACAGCUUAACAUAGGCACUUUUUCACACAUUUCUUUCAAAUGAUUGUAAAACAUAUGGGGCGACAGGAGGCAUCGAUCACACUGCAUAUGUUUAGGGCAGCUUUUGUUUUUUUGUUUCUUUAAUGGUAUAGCAGCAGUGAUUGAGGCUUCGGGAUUUGGGGGACAGAUUUUCAGACAUUCUCCUUCAUUAGAAUGCCCUGCACAGCCGGAAGGAGUACAAAAAUCCAACUGCCUGAAUUUGGGGCUUGGAAAAUAAGGUUUUGCAGGUGGUCAGUCCCGGGCUGUGCAACAACUCCUCCUCAAAGGGGUGUUUAUAUAGAACCCCCUCUUUGCUAUAUUUUUUUGUCAAAGGAUUCUCCGAGGAAGCUUUAAAAAGCUUCCUUUUUCACUUUACCAGCCUCGCUUAUGGGUUACUUGUGGAGGGGAUUGGUCAGUUUCCACCUCAGCACUUUGCCUUAUCAACAUGUGGUCGCCAUCUAGUGGCCAGGACUGUAUCCACCAGCUCCCCAGAUGGAAGGCAAAUACAUCUUUAUGGCCACCUUGCUGUCCAACACUUUGGGGAUGGAAUGAAAUGUAAUGGCACGGACGAACUGUCUGUGUGUUCAGAGCCCAGCGUGACGCUAGGGUCGAAAGACUCCAGAAGCAGCCACUCCGUAGGCUCUCGCGCAGACGGAGAGGUGCGCUAGCUCCCCUGUGGGCAGAGGAGACUGGAGCGGACCCUGCGUCCAGGUGCCCGGGAGGGGUUUACUGUAACUGCAAUACUGGCGGCCCGGCGGCUGCCCUUGUUAGGUGAACCUCUGCCAGGUGGCCUGCGUUACACCCUCGGGACACACGAAGAGGUUGGCUGUAAGGAUUCUGGGGCGGGGGGCCUAGCCAUGACCUUUGAUGUGGUCCACCGAAUAGCCACAUAGGGUUUUUUGUUUGAUUUUUUUGGUGUUGUAUUUUGUAUUUUAAAAUCUUGUCAGAUGCUUUUGUGUUAGGAAUAAAAAGUCAUAAUCUAUUCCCAACUUUGUUUCUUGAAGGAUAUUCCGAUUCUGAUGGAAACAGGUUGGAAAUCUCGAGGGAAGCGUGGUCAGGGUGGUGCGUGGAACAGAGACGUGGGCCGCUUGGAUUUCCAGAUGGCUUCUGGGGAAGACGGCCAUCCGGAAGUCCAGCCUAGUGCAGUCUGCUCUGGAAAUUCACACCCACCGCCCUCACCUCCUGUGCCAUGUUCUUAGCAUUGGCUUGGAGCACCUGCUUCUGCCAGAGGCAGCUGCUAAUGUUGAAACCAACACAAGAUCCCUCUCCCCAACCCCAGGUCUCUAGAGAAGGUGUCUGUAGCUAGCCUUAAUCGACUGGGCAAGGUGGUCCCUACGGUCCCUUCCAGCAUUUCCAAAUCUUGGACUCAAAUCCUUUUCUCUUGGUGUGACCAUGCAGCCUAGAGAAUUCUGAGCAAUAGCCGGGGCUUUCCCUGGCUCUGAGACAGGGUCAAACCAGGGAAUGGCUAAACUUGUGAGGUUUUGUCAUCCCCAGGGGUACUACCGUAGGGGGCAUUAUUUAUGAGGAAGCUCAAUAAGGUAACUACAGCCUGGGGUGUGUGAGUGUAAGGCUGUGUUUGUGUCGUGUGUGGGUGUGGGUGUGUGUGCGUGUGCACACACGUGUGUCUGCAUGUGUGCGUGUGUGUGUAUGUGGAAUUACAUUGAUGCAUUUCUUGAGAAAGGUGCAAGAAUUUCACCUACACAGAGGGACACAUCUGCUUUGUUAUUUAUAAUAGAAAGCUAAAUUUUAAUUUUUUAAAGGACACUGCUAAUGAUUGAGAAUCGAGUUUUUAGUUUUGCUAUUUUUUUUAAUUGGUAGAGGAUUUUUAUAUAUUUUUUCCAUUUUGUUGGGUUGUGUCCUUAUUUAUAUAAAUACUUUAUCUGUAAGAGGCAAGGAAGAAAACUUCUUUGCUUUUAAUUAUUGUGGUUGUCAUCGUCCCUGUUUUAUUUCUGGUGUGAUUUAUCUGUCUUACCUUCUAAAUGAGAAAAUGUUUUCCUGUAUUUGUACAUUGUCAGAUUCUAUAGUUUCAUAGAUAAUUUAACCAAAUUGCUCUAUGUAUUAUUAUUCUGUGAGUAUAAAGUUCUAUUUUAACGUCUGUAAAUACUUCAGAACUGGCUUCUUUUCUCAAACUCCCACUGCGGAGUUAUUGUUUACAUCACAAAAACUGUAGAAUCUCUAAGCUCAUGUACUGUAAAUAGUGAAGUGAUCUGCUUAUAAAUAAACUUAACAAAUACACUAUGGAGAUUAAAAAGAAAAUACCGCCCACA